UCGAAUUAACUUGCCCACAGGUUCCCAUACUGUAGUGCUGCGUACGUUCGCCUCGUAAUUGCAUUUGCGAACAGUAAUCUGAAAAGCAAGUAAAGGCAUUAAAAGCGGUGACGACCAUGUAUCCUGCGUCACAGCCCUUGCGAGAUGUCAUGCAGUCGGUCACGCAGCUUCCUCACUGUAAUAUGACGGCUGCGUCCGCACCGGCGUCCCUGGCCUUCGCACGCACAGUGCUCACGGUGCUGACGCAGGCUGCUAGCAGGCUUGAUGACCGCCACAAUCACCCUGCCCGCCGGACCGCGGCGGGGGGAAAGCAGCUGCUGCUGGCAUCCGCAGUUGCAGCCCCGCCCCCAGCUUGGUUUGGGCCCCUUGCGACAAACGCCGGUGGGGUGCUCGUGUUCAACCUCACGGACAAGCAAACGGCGUUUGAGGCCAGGAUAUGGCAGAGCGACGACGUUCUGAACACUCAGCACAUUAUUCAGCAACACCAGCCGGCAGCUGACAACGGCGAUGGCGACGACGGCACGCCAGCAGCAGAGACUGCCGAUAACGGCCAGCAGAACGGAAAUGGGGGCCAUCAGCACCACCCCUCUGACUCUGCCAGUGAUCAAAUCGGACAGCAGACGAACCGCGCCGCUCCUGUUGUCGACAUUACUGGCAACGCGCUAUCGGUUUGCUACAGCUCCAAGCCCUCCCUUUUGCUCUCGGUGCACACUCCUAAGGCCCCCGAAGGGUACUCCGUAGAGCUAUUCUUGUGCAAGCCCGGCACUGGCGGCCAGCCGGAGCAGCGUCAGAAGCUGGAGCCGCGCACAAUUGAAGUGCUGAAGCCAGCCAAAGCCUUUGCCGUGGCGUUGCGGCCCAGCAAUCGCACCUAUUGGCUGUCGUACGACCGAGCGCACAAGUGCAUCAAGUACGGCAGGGGGUACCAUAUGGAGGAGACCACAGAGAUGACGUGGGAUCUGGACUUGGACAAAGACACCGCAGAGCAGCUCUUUGGCAGCGGUGUCAAGAUGGCGACGUUGACCGCCACGCCCUUUCCCAGCGGCGGGGAUAAACCCCUUGUUGGAGUGGAUGCCGCCCGGCCGCGUGUCCAGUUCGACCGGCUUCCCCUGACUAAGAACCGGCCUCCCAAGGUGAAGGACUCCGCCCAGCUCACGCUGGACGACCUGGAUAACCCCCAGUUCACCUUCAGUGCGGACCUGCCGGCCGCGUGCCAGGUCCUGUACCGCAAUGUCACAGGCAGUGGUAUCGCGCUGGACGACGAGCUUGUGAACGCUAUUCGCUACAGCAUUGUGACACCCGGCAAGACGCUAUAUGAAAUCCUUAGUAAGAAAGACAAGGAAUUUGGCUACCUCCGAAUCACUCUGGGCAACGAGCUGGGCGAUGGGCCAGGCAUUCCGUACGUCGUGGAAAUCUGGCCCGGCAAUAGCAAGUCUCCCAUACACAACCACGGCAACGUGUGUGCGGUCAUUCGGGUGCUCCACGGCUCGAUCUCGGUGCAAGUCCAUAACGAGCUCGCCGAGGAUCUCGCCGACGACAACGCUAACAGCAGCAGCAGCAGCAGCAGCAGUGCGCGGGAGAUCCUGCCCCUCACGGAGGUAGAGCUCGUCAAGGGCGAUGUGACGUGGAUGGACGCCAACUGGUAUCAGUGCCAUCAGCUAAAAAACAAGGCUAAAGACCGCGGGAACUUCUGCGCAACGCUUCAGUGUUACAAGUACGACGAGGAGGACAGAAUUGUGUGGCCAUACUUUGACUACAUUGAGGACGGGAGCCUACACCUUUUCACACCGGACACCGACCUAACAUACGGCUGUUUGACUGUCAGCUGCACGUUGGACUGUACACUCACGCGCCUGUACAGCUUCCAAUCUCACUAUCAAGACGAUCGGCAGGCGGAUUCCACCACCCGGCAGCAGUUCUUCAGCGUUUAG